AUGAGGGGCAAGCGGUCGAAGCAAUACCGCAAGCUCAUGUCGCAGUACCAGAUGACCUUUGGUUUCCGCGAGCCGUACCAAUGCCUCGUGGACGCCGAAAUGGUGCGGGACUCGUGUCGAUUCAAGAUGGAGCUGGCGCCCGCGCUGGAGAGGACUGUUCACGGAAAAGUCAAGCCGAGUACGCUGCGCACGCACCCUACGAUCAUCUGUUUCUUCCCCUUCGAGGGAUCUUCGGUUCGCGAUUCGGCUAACAUUGGCGAAAUAGUGAUUACACAAUGCGAGAUACGAAAACUGUACGGGCAAAACUCGGACCCGGGAGCGGCCGAGGCCAUCGAGGUAGCCAAGACGUUUGAGCGACGCCGCUGCGGCCACCACCCAGACGAGUACCCGGAGCCCCUGUCGACUGAGGAGUGCCUGGAGAGCGUUGUGGACCCCAAGAAGUCGGGCACCAACAAGCACCGCUACGUGGUGGCCAGCCAGGACAACAGCGUGCGGAGGAUGCUGCGCAGCGUUCGCGGGACGCCCCUCAUCUACGUCAAGAGGAGUGUCAUGAUUCUCGAGCCCAUGGCCGACGAGAGCGUCCAGGUGCGCGCUCGAGAGGAGAGGGCCAAGUUCCGCGCCGAGAUCAGGAAGCCCGUGGCUACGGGGAAGAGGAAACGCGACGACGAGGACGACGAGGCCGAUGGCGAUGAGGAUAGGGAGGGGCACAAGAAGGAGAAGAACAAAAAAAUCAAGACCAAAGGUCCCAAGGGCCCGAACCCGCUGUCUGUCAAGAAGUCCAAGAAGAAGGACCCGGCCCAACAGAACAAGGUACCGGCUAAGCGCAAGAGGCGUCGCAAGGGCACGUCUUCCAAGGGAGAGCAGCCCUCGACAGACGGAGCGCAGGCCACAGAAGCAGUUACGACGACGACAACAAUGACGACGACGGAUGGAGACGCCGAGUAG